AUGUCCGACUCCCUUGACUCGAUCGUCAAGGGCGCCCCGGUGACCCUCCCGGGGCAGGACCCCGCCAAAGCCGCCGGCGGCACGACCCCGAUCGCGUCCUCGGGCGCACCCCCGAUUCCGGGCAAGCCCGGUGACCCGCUCUCUCACACACCGAGUUCACCGUCGAUGAUCUACCUCAACCUCCUCGUGCUCGAGGCCUCGCUGCGGGCGCAAUACCUAGAGUUGCGGGCGCGACGGCGGCAUCACACCUUCUUCCUGUCGUUGCUGACGUUGUGGACGGCCUUCUUUGGGUACGCGCUCUUCUUCGCGCCGCGCGAAGACGGCCGCGGCGUCGGCGGCAGCGUGUACUGGGUGGUGGAGACCACCGAGCACAUGUGUUUUUUGGGCGGCGUCGUAACUGGCCUGCUCGUGUGGGCCACAGGAAUCUGGGAGCGCGGCGUCCGCUGGCCGCGCCGCUGGCUUGCCGUCUCCAACCGCGGCCUGCGCGGCUUCAACUGCAAGCUGGUUGUCAUGAAGCGCCCCUGGUGGAAGGAGGCCCUGAGCACCGCCGGCUGGUUCCUCACGUACGGCUUGUUUUCGAAUAAUGGGAGCUCAUAUCGCUGGGUGGAACCGGGGUUGUUGCGGGAGGUGGAUAGGGAGAUGCAUCUGUCGCGGGAGAGCCACCCGACAGUGCAUGUGACGAACUGGGAUGAGGAAAAGGGCGGCCACGAGGAGGAUUUGGCUCCCGGCGGAGACUACAUCAAACUCCUGCUGCUGGCGAAGCCGUUCUCACCUACGUUUAGGGAGAACUGGGAGCUGUAUAGGGCAGAGUACUGGGAGAAGGAGAACGAGCGCCGCGCUCUGCUACGGGUCAGGAUUAAAGAGCGGGAUCGCAAGCUGGGCAAGCAGAACCGUGGCUGGUUCUGGUGGCUUCCCGGGCGGAAAGUUACAAUGGAGAAACCUGUUGCAGCGGCUAACGAAAAGGCUCACCACCCGCGGCAUGCGGCCGUAGUGAGCGAGCACAGACGGACAAGAAGCGGCAGCGCUAGUAUGCGGAGAGGCAGUAUGUCGAGCGUCCACGGACCACGGACCCCGACGCCCAAGCUCGAGGCAGAAGAGUAUCUUUUGUGUGAUCUCGCGUAA